UCUGUUCCGGCGGCCUUUGCGCGGCCGGCCAGGCUUGAGAGGGGAGGAGGCGACCGCGGGCCGACUGGAACCGAACCGGGCCAUGGACCGGCCCCCGGAUCUCUUCGACGCCAUCGUGAUGGCGGAGGAGAGAUAUCAUGGCGAAGGCUAUCAGGAAGGUUACGCCGAAGGCAGCUGUCUGGGUCUGACCGAGGGGAGACGAUAUGGAGUGUCCCAUGGCGCGAACAUUGGCUCUGAGAUUGGGUGUUACCAAGGUUUUGCAUUUACAUGGAAAUGUCUGCUUUCUGAGUGCUCGACGGAGAAAGACAGUAAGAAGAGAAGGAUGCUAGACUCUCUCCUAGGGUUGAUGCAGAAAUUUCCUUAUGCCGACGCCACCUAUGCCCAACUUCACGAAGAUUUGGACAGAAUUAGAGGGAAGUUUAAACAGGUUUGCUCUUUGCUAAGCGUCCAACCCAACUUCAGAGUCGGUCCCGCAGGCUCUGCACUUUCAUUUUGAGCAUGACAGGAAGACAGAGGCAACGUUAAGGAACAGCUAUCUGUAUAGUGUUUAAAAAUGAGAUUAAAGUCCAGGCAGUGACCGGGCGUUUGUGUCCCAAAGCGAGGGUCACAGUCUCACCACUAAAAGACUUCCAUUGGUGGUUCUUCCUUUGUGUCUUCUCCAUACAAGCUCCUUUGAAAAGUCGUGGUCUCUGUAACCCUCUGCGAGGGGAGAGAUGGGAGGACCAUGCAGAUGGGGGGACGGUUGCUCUGGACUUGGCCAGAGAAAUGGUCAGAGGAUUGAGAACGGAGAUGGAAAUGAGCAAGUAGAGGCCUCCCAUCGCAGCCACAGUGCAAGAUCUGGAAUUCCAGUCAUUUAUUCUGAACAGCGCCAAGCACCAAUCCUUCUCUCCUUUGGCCAGUGUUGCUUCAUUGAACCUGAGCAGGGCUGGCUAAUUCUGACCUUGACGGGCGUCCCUGCAGAGAAGACUUGGGAGCGAAACAAGGAAAAAGCAUCUGACUUCAAGUCAUCCUAGAAAAGACUUCAUAAACUAUCCUUCGUUUCUCUUAAAUUAGCCAUUCAUUUGAAGAUGUCCAGAGAUGAGGAAAUAUAUUUAACCAGGAUUAAAUAUUGUGCCAGGAAACGUGUGUGGUUCUCAGGGUCAGCCUGGCAAGGUGGAGAGCAGGCACUUAAUGGCUUUCCUGGCAGGUAGCUAGUGACCUUGGACAAAUCAUGCCCCCUUUCAGGCCUCGGUUUCCUCAUCUGUUAUCUAGGGAGAUGACACCAGAUUCUUUCCAAGGUCUCUUUCAGUCCCAGCAGCCUUUGCUUCUCUGAUUAGCGGGAUGAAUGUUUCUUGAGUGAUUAUGUGGCUUCUCUCGGUCCUGGAAGCCAGGCAGGGAGGGACUGGGUUUGAGGCCCACUUCUGACCCUGGGGCCAGGCACACUGACAGCCAGGUUCCCUAGCACCAGAGAAAUCACAGCUCUCAGGCCUUAAAAAUUCUUAGACACUGAAUAUGAAAACAUGGCUUUUAGAUGAGCUCACGUGGGCAGAGGUAGCCAAGGGACAUUUCCUUCUCCACAUUUCGCCUAAAGCAGGAGACCUUCCUGACAGAUGGUGCCAUCAAAAGUGGGCUAGGCCACCCUUGAGAGACCCUGGUGUGUCUAUGGAGGGCAUGUAGGUGGGGGGUUGGGGCAAUCCUGUCCAGGUGUGCCUCUGAUGGCUCUUAUGUUUUGGGGUCUAUGAUUUUAAAAACAUCUUCCUACCCAGCAGUAAAAAAGACCAUGGAAGGCAGAACAUUGAAGUCAGGGGCCCUUUGCAUAAUAGAUUUCUUUUGUGCCUCUGUGGCACAGGUGAAGUCAGAAUUCAGCCUGACCCCAAGGCUGUUACCCAGAUGACCCAGGUUGGCUUUUCCCAGAGAAGGUCGUGCUAAAGCCCCACCUUUCCACCCCCACUUGCUCCCCACCUCAUUUCAGGCUCCUCCUCUGAUGUCCUGGCACCCCAUGUUCCUACAGCCAGACUGGCAGAAAAAAAAAAACCCUUGGGAAGGGAGAGAGUCCCUACAAAUAAGACAGGGGCAGGUGAAUUUGGAGAGUCUUAUGCACAGAUGGAUUUGUUUAUCACCACUUUGAUACUCUUCGGGCAGUAACGUUGAAUUUUGGUUAAAUUCCAAUAUUUAGAAAUGGCAGGAACCCUUCCCUGCCUUGCCUGAUAUGCCUGAAGGUCUGGAUUUAAGUGACAUAGCAGUAGGAAGUAGAAUUUUGAGACAUCAGGCCUGGUGCAUUAAAGAGAAAGAGUUGAGAGGACAGAGCACUUAACUGGCCUAGAUUCUUGAAGGCCACUCGGAAACAUGUUAGGUCAGUAUUUAGUUUCAACUUCCAGAUGAGGGGCGUUUGCUAUUUUCCUUUCCUAGGAUAGCUUGGGGUAUCAGGGAUUCUCCACACCAAUGUUAGAUUCUAGGAAAGUUUCCUCUGAAAGAAAGUUUUGGUAAUUUUGAGACCUGGAAAAAAUCACAAGCCACUUCCCCUACAUUGAGGUCCCAGGGAAAACCAGCCCCUUGUGGCCUCUGGAGGAAGAACCAGGACAUUAGGGAAAGUGUUGGGUGACAGCCAUAAGCCAUCUUUACAAGCUUGUUCAGCUUGACAGUCUCCUGAAAAUAAACGAUUUUGUGUUGUCCUGAU